AUGGUCCGCAACGCAGCUUCAAUGCAGAAUCUACGGGGCAGCAUGUCCGACCUCAAUUUCUCUUCGCCGCAUCCGCAGCACCAGUACCCUCCAUCGAAGCCGCAGCGCAAUAUCUGGGGAGCAAAGGCAGUUCAUCCAGCUGAACGAACAGCCGCAAUCAACGAGGAGGAAUUGAAGAAGAGUCUCGAGGACAAACGCUUCCCCCGAGCUACGAGCAGCAAUGCGGAACUCUACGCCAAACCCUUCUGCGACUUCCUGACGGACAACCCGACAGUCUUCCAUGCCGUGGCUUCCCAGAAGAAGAUGCUCAAGGAGAUGGGAUGGACUGAGCUGGACGAGCGAGAUGCAUGGGACAUCCAGCCGUCCGGACGGUACUACGUUGAGCGGAACGGCUCUUCACUCAUCGCAUUCGUCGUGGGAGAGAAGUACGAGCCUGGGAACGGGUGUGCGAUUCUGGCAGGACAUGUGGAUGCUCUGACGGCCAAGCUAAAGCCCAUCUCUGAGGUGCCGAAUAAGGCUGGCUACCAGCAGUUGGGGGUAGCACCGUACGCUGGAGCGAUGAACAGCACGUGGUGGGAUCGUGAUCUGGGCAUCGCUGGAAGGGUAUUGGUGAAGGAAGGUGACAAGAUUGUUUCGAAGCUGGUGGAUCUGAACUGGCCGAUCGCCCGCAUACCAACCCUGGCCCCUCACUUUGGCGAAGCAGCAAUGGGCCCGUUCAACAAGGAGACACAGAUGGUACCGAUCAUUGGACUCGAGGGCGUGGACUCGUCCGCAAACGCUACACAGAGCAGUGAGCCCUUUGCGCAACCAACACUCCUUGGAGGCGAGAAGGGCCCGGUCAGCAACUUCAUCAACACACAGCCGAAGGCUCUCGUGAAGGCAGUCGCUAAGCAGCUUGGUCUAAGCUCUUCUGCCGUCGGCAACAUCAUCAACUGGGAGCUCGAGCUGUACGACGUCCAGCCUGCCACCGUCGGCGGCCUGAACAAGGAAUUCAUCUACGGAGGCCGCAUCGACGACAAGCUCUGCUCCUGGGCCGCAAUGCAGGCACUAAUGGGCAGUCAACUCUACGACACCCGCUUCUCAGGCGUCAUCAAAGUCGUCGGCUGGUUCGACGACGAAGAGAUCGGCUCACAGCUACGACAAGGCGCGAAGAGCAACUUCCUUCCCCAAACCAUCGAGCGCGCCGUGGGCUCGUUGUCAAAACACAGCCCUUCUUCCGACCUUUUCGGCCGAACAUACGCAAACUCCUACAUCCUCUCCUCCGAUGUCACGCACGCCGUUAACCCCAACUUCCUCGGCGCCUACCUCGCCAACCACGCACCGCACCUCAACACCGGCCUCGUCGUCGCCGCAGAUAGCAACGGGCACAUGACGACCGACAGCAUCAGCACCGCGAUCCUGCAGCGCUGUUCCGAGCGUGUCGGUGCGAAGCUGCAGGUCUUCCAGAUCAGGAACGACAGUCGGUCUGGGGGUACAGUCGGACCGAUGCUGAGCAGUAUGACUGGGAUCCGCGCGAUUGACGCCGGGCUGCCGCAGUUGUCGAUGCAUUCUAUCCGGGCGACGACGGGGAGUCUGGAUCCUGGGUUGGGGGUGUUGGCGUUUACGGGCUUUUUGAACGGGUUUGAGCAUGUUGAUAAGGAGUUUAGGGCAUGA